UAGCGCGCAUUGGGUUGGAGUUUCCAGCCAUGAGAGAUCCCCCACCCACCCCCCCUUAAAGUACUACUACUACUACUACUACGGCUCGCCUCCCGUCUUCCUUCCAAUUCUUGUCAUCGUCCAUCGUUCUCAAAGUCAACUCUUCACCCCCCAUCCACGGGCUCGCUACUUCUUCGUCGACAUCAGGUUUCGCGACUGAACGUCGGCGUUGCCACUCGCCCCCCACCCACGACACGCACCACGAUCACCCCGCGAGUCAGUCAGUCACAGCCGACCACCGCACACAGCCUCGAAGCGAAUAAGUGCAAAGGCGAAGAAAUAAACCUUUUUUCCUGCUCGCAACUUAAUCGUCGCCCCCGUCGAGUUGAAACAACAAACGAAACAAAAUGUCCGCCUCGACCGCAAACCACGCCCGCAAACUCCGAAAGGCCGCGCGAGUGAUCCUCGUUGGGCCUCCUGGCGCCGGAAAGGGAACCCAGAGUGGAAGGCUCCUCGAACACUUCCGGUUGUCUGCUAUUUCGUCGGGCGAUAUCUUGCGCGAGAAUAUUCGCAACCGGACUCCUCUCGGCAUGCAAGCGGAGAGCGUGAUGCGCGGCGGCGGGCUGAUCAACGACGCGGUGAUGGUCAAGCUGAUCGUGGGCGAGCUGUCGAAGCGCGGCUGGGUCGAGUCGCGGCCAACCACCACCUCCGGCAUCACCGUGACCGGCGCGCUCGAGAUCAUGGGACACACAUCGGCGGCGAAGACGGCACGGUUGGCGGCUAGCAACUGUCCUAGCUCGAGCUUCCUCCUAGAUGGGUUCCCGCGCACCGUUACCCAGGCUGAGAGUCUGGAUAAGGAGGUCGAUAUGAACUUUGUCGUCAACCUGAAUGUCCCCCGAGACGUCAUCCUCGACCGUAUCGCCAACAGAAUGGUCCACGAGCCUUCCGGCCGUGUGUACAACAACACCUGGAACCCUCCACAGGUGCCGGGCUACGACGACGUGACUGGCGAGAAGCUCACGAAGCGGGCCGACGACUGCCCAGAAACAUUCGCGAAGCGCCUAAAGUCGUACGACAAGAGCACCGCGCCGCUGCUGGAGUACUACGACAAGACCGGCCUGCUGUGGACAGUCUCGGGCAAGUCUAGCGACGAGAUCACGCCACAGCUCGACGCCGAGAUCUUCCGACGUUUCGGAUAGUAGCUUGAGCCUACUGUAGCUACUAUAGACGCCGAUGAAUGUACAAUGUUUCCGUAGUUCCCUUGUUAAUGGUUUCUCUCCCGGACCGGAUCGGACUUGGGUGGGCUGGGCUGGGCUGGGUUGGCUGGGCUGGG